CACAGGAGGGACCCUGCAUUUCUCGUCCUACCUAAGGCGACCUUGGGAAUUCAACUUCUUGAAUUUUAUACUGAGUUUUUGCACUUGCUUGUCGACCCCUGUUGGCGUGGUGAUCACCUGAAGCUUCUUUCUUCAGAUGAAAAACCGAACACUUCGCGCGUCAUAUACUCGGAGGCGCAGAAACACAUGAAUUUUGUGGUUCACGAUGGUACUGAGGGGUACUGAUAAGGGAGAAGUACAUGUGAUGGUUCUCUGAUAGUGUCUUGAGAGUAUGGUUGAAAAUGGGCUGUAUGAGUAUAUCGGGCAGCUGACAUAUCAUCGGCUGACAACACAUCUCAGACCAUCUCGUCACAACGAGAGAUCGUGAUCCAUCCAGACAAACCCCUCCCUGCUCCUCUCUGCGCGCCCUCUCCAAAAGCUUGAUGCUUGUCCUACAGACCAAUGCAACACAAACCCUCCCGCACAUCAUCGCUCCCAAGUGCCGAUGCAACGCACGCUUCCCCUGCUGCCGCCGCUCUGCUUGCCUUGCGAGCUUGCGGAAGAGGAUUUGCUCAUGAUUAUAUUGGCAUCGGGUCAUACAAGUCCUCGACUGCGCAUAUCCUUCAAGCAUUUGGGGACACAGCUCUCUCUCGUUGCUGGUCCGGAGAGGCGUGUGUAAGUGCGCAGCGCAUCUCUAAGCAUUCUCCCAGAAACCGAGAUGUGGGAGUCGAAUAGGAAGUCCUGGAGUUGACGGAAAUGGCCUGUUGGAGGGCUGCUGGCUUAGCUGUGAGUAGGCUUACCACGCAUCCUCAUCGGAAGUGUCGGAGUGCCCCAUCCCCAUCUCCUCUUACCACACCAGAAAAAGUGUUGGUCCACUAUCAAGGUCGAUUGCAGCACACGACUCUGAGUUGCAUCAUCCUAGUCCCCUCUUUUGCCCGUUAUUUUUGCACUUGCACACAUAAUAUUUGAAAAAUGAAAAAAACAAGCCUGGGUUUUCCCCUUUUACCGCAUGACUCACUCCCCUGCUUGCACUCCCACUCCAUUUUUUUCUUUCCAAUUUGGAUCUGAACCUGGCUCUUGCUUAAGGUUAGAAUAGGUAGGGUUGUGUGUGUGUGUGUCGUGUGUGUGGUGGUGUGUGCAGGUUUUCUUUAUUGCCGCUGAUCGGGUUCCUUGAUUCCCCCAUCUGAUGGGCCUGCCUUGGGGUUAUAUUACAAGCCACUCCCCGGAGGUCCAACAAAGGGAUUUUUUCUCUCUCUUCUGACAUUGACUUGAGUCUGGACUUUGAAGUGAUAAAGAUAUCGAAAGAGGAACCAACCGCAAACGGAAGUUUUACACGUGUUUGCAACAAGAUUAUAGCACAACUACAACACAACACAACAAUCAUACAACAUCAUUACACCAUAUCACUCACACCUUAUACAACCUACCCACCAAACCUCACCACCUUCCAUUCCCCAAAACACAAACAAAAAACAAAUUUUGAAAAUGCACACAUUCAAACUUCCCCCCUCCCUCCUCCCAACCUCCAUCACCAUCUCUCCCCACAAACUCCUCACCCGCCGCUCCUCCUCCAAAUCCUCCAUCCACAAAUCCUCCAUCUCCGCCUCUCCCUCACCCGUCCGACCAUCAACGCCAAAACUAAGCGCCGCACACAUCGAAAUGUUCUCACCGGCCGAAACGGACGCCCAGUGUUGGGAGAGGAUGGUCGCCUUGCAGAGGGAGUAUCGAUGCUACAACUCUGCUCGUUUAGAAGCCGCGGUUGAGGCGCGGGAUUCGGGGAGGGAGGUUGAGGUGCUUGUUCGUAAGUUUGAUCCUUUUUGUUUCAACAUAUAUGAAAUAUGUGUUGGGGGAAAAAACAAGGGAUUAAUCAGAGGAAGAGGACUGAUUUUGAAUCUAGCUUCGAGAUUAUGUCUCGAUCUCAUGAAUGAGAGUUUGAAGGCUUGGAUCGAUGCCCACCGCGAGGGAUUGGUCGCUUAGACCACUCCUCCAUCUCCUUCCCUUCAAAGGCGAAUAGGGAAUCAACCUCCAAUCGUCUUCGCCUGGAGCACUCGUAAAUCGACAUGAAAAUCCAAGGCGAGAAGAGCAGCCUUAGAAAGAUUGCUUCAACGCAAACACCGCGUUUAUCAAUUUUCUUCAUUCCAUCUCUUCACGCAUUUCAACGUUUGUCACACCAUUGGAAAAGUUCCCGGCGUUUCGGUUCUUUCGACCUUAUUUGGUUUUCCUCCCCUGGACUGGUUUGAACUUUUGGGUUUGCGAUUUGGCUUUGGGUCUGCCUUUUUUGUUUGCUGGGAAAUCGAACAUACUUCCCGUGGUCUUUAGCGUUGGCGUUUUGUUGGGAGGCUUCUGUUUUCUUAUGUUUAUUUUGGCUCGGGUAUUUGGAUAGGAGAGUGGGAGGAGAUUUGUGGGGUUUCUUGUUUUAUAGAUUUGUCUGUUUGUGGGUUUUUAUGUUUGGACGGGGUGCGGGGAAUGCUUGGGUUUUGGAUGGGGAUUCGCAUGGAUAGUAUAUGAGAUUUUGGAUGGGAAUUGGAUUUGAAAUUGGAAUUGGACUGCAAUGUUGAUAUGAGAACAAUAUAGAAUAUGAGCAUGAGCAUGAACACGAAUAUUGAUAUG